AUGACCAGUAAACAGUACUACUUCACUGAAUGGCGAUUUGAAGAAGACAAUCGACAGACCUAUCGGUGCUGUGAUCUCACCUGUCAUCCGCCGGCUAAGCCUUCAGGUCGACUAAACAGCACUGUGUCGCUCUAUUUAAUAUCCUAUAAGAUCCGUAUAAAGACAUCGAAUUUGCCCAAUGCCAACACCACUGCAAAUGUCUACCUCCGUCUGAUUGGUGAAGUCAUUGAGUCGGCAGACAUUCACUUGAAGGAGUCUGAGACAAACAAAACUCCCUUUGAAAGAAAUCAGAUGGAUCAAUUCACCGUCAAAAAUUUACCCAAUCUUGGUGAACUAACAGGCUGUCGUUUGUGGCACGACAACCGAAUGCCUGCUGCAGCUUGGCAUUGUGAGUGGAUUUAUGUGGCGGAAGUGCUUCCAGAAGGCAGCCAUUUAUCACCUCAAGGGUGGUACUUUCUGUGCAAUCGGUGGUUACGAGGUGAUGGUCGUUCUCAGGUUGUGCCUCUUGAUUUACUACCGUUGGAUGCUAAAGCGGCUCCCGAUCUGGCUCUUCGUGAACCCGAGGUCAGUAGUUCACUUCAAGAGGAGGACUGGAAGGUGGCUUUGGAGCCUUCCAAAAGGGAGGAGAAAACAGGUACGUGA